AUGGCGACACUCUGCAGGAGUGCUGCCGCGCAUGUGCGCGCUCCACCUACUGCUACGAGUGGCAUUGGUUCAAAAAGUGAGUGCGGCUCGCGUCUCGCUGGCGAGAACGCGAAUGUGGCGGGAUUCAUCGACCGCGUGCAGUGCUACCUGCUGGAGAAGAACGGCGGCUCGGGCACGUCGGGCUCUUUCAAGACGCCGUACGCUGGCGACGCGACCACGCAGGCCGCAAACUCGGCGUCGUACCCGCUGAGCUUCGUCGGCGGGCUCUGCAACGGCACGGCGCUCGUCGAAAACGACCCGCAUCUCACGGGCGCGCACGGCACGCACUACGAUUUCACCGGGCGGCUCGGUAAAUCGUUCUGCCUCUUCUCCGACCGUCGAUUCCACGUCAACAUGCACCUGAACGGAUACCAAGGCGCACCUCCCGCACUUCCCGCGUCGGCGAAGUCGAGGCAAGCAGCAGGAGCGCGGGGAGAAUGGCUUUCUGUCGCUGAUCGAGGUGGACGGAGCGGCGACGGAGAUUCCAGCGUUGGCGAGUCGAUCGCGACGGAAAGCGGGCUGGUGGUUACCAAAGUCGCGGAGGAGAAGGAGGGGCCGUUCGACGUGGAUCAGUUCCAGGUGCGCGUGGCGGGGCUGGGGGAACUGGAUGUGCGCGUGCGCGUGGCGCAUCCGCUGCUGCAGACGCCGACCGAGGCGGAGACGCACUUCAACGUGGAGCUUUCCGACGUGGCGAUGACGUCAUCCGUGCACGGCGUGCUGGGGCAGACUUUUAGGACCUCGCCGGAGCAGCUGCAGCGCGCGGUGAAGUACUCGCACUUGGCGGCGCUGCUGCACCACCCCGUGGACGUGGAUAAGGCGGAGGGCAAGGGGUUCCUGGACGGCGAGGUCGAGGACUACAUCUCCUCGUCAAUCGUCGCGCCCGACUGCAAAUACGCCAGCUACGGCUCUGCAUAA